GAGCCCGGGGUUUGCGCUCCGCGCCUCCCCGUCGCCGUGGUUACUACCCAAGCGCCGAACGGCGCCACGCCCCUUUCUCGCGAGAGCUCGGAGCCCACGACUUCCGGAGCGUCCGCCCUUCCUUCCAAGCCUACACCCCACUUCCGGGUGCCGCCGCCUGACUUCCGGCUCCUGCGGCGCAGCCGCCCGGCCCGGCCCCGGCCCCUGGGGGAACGGUGGACGAGCUGGUCCCGCGCCGGGCGUCACCGGGCAUGGCCGCCCCCGGGAAGGGCGCCCCCCGGGCCCUGCCGCUGCGCCUGCUGCUGCCGCUGUUCCUGCUGCUGCCGGCGGCGUCCCGAGCGGGCGCCUCGGAGGAGGAGGAGGAGGUCCCGGCCGAGUGGGUCCUGCUGCACGUGGUGCAGGGGCAGGUGGGCGCGGGCAACUACAGCUACUUGCGGCUGAACCAUGAGGGCCGCAUCGUGCUGGCCAUGCGCAGCCUCCGCGGCGACGCCGACCUGUACGUGUCGGACAGCACCCUGCACCCCAGCUUCGACGACUACGAGCUGCAGGCCGUCACCUGCGGCCGCGACGUGGUGGCCAUCCCCGCGCACUUCCAGCGCCCCGUGGGCAUCGGGGUGUACGGGCACCCGUCGCACCGGGACAGCGAGUUCGAGAUGAAGGUGUAUUUCGACCGGACGGUCCAGCGACACCCGUUCGGGGACUCGGCGUACUCGGACGGCGAGGCGAGCCACGCGCACGCCUACGACCCAGAAGGCGCGUCCCAAGAGGAGGAGUCCCUGCUGUGGACCAUCCUGAUCAGCAUCUUGAAGCUGCUCCUGGAAAUCCUGUUCUGACUGCGGACACUCGGGCGGACCCCGCCAUUUCGCUGUGAAGGUGACGGCCGGAAACUCGCCUUCUCUGGGUGGGGAUGGAAAAUAAAGCCAUACAGUUUGUUACCUCAGUUACCCCAAAAGCAGGAGACGGCAAGCUCCCUACUUGUUUUAAAGAUCACAAUUCCUGUAACAGUCGUGUGCACAAUAAAAGGCUUAACCGCCCCUUUCA